AUGGCAUUGGCUCUUCGCUCGUUGUUCCUCCUUUGCGGCUUGACCGGACUGCUGACAGGAGUCGGGUCUUUCCCUUCGAGGUUUUUCAACGAUGUGAGCUGUCCUGAAGGAUGGACACAGGUGGACCUCAAGUGUUACAUCUUGGAAGACGACGCUAGGAUGUUUCAAGAUGCAGAGGCCGUCUGCAACAUUCUGGGUGGCAAUAUGGUCUCCAUCUCUAAUGACUUGGAGAAUAUAGUUGUUGGAGCUAUAGGUGAAAAUGGGGUUUCUGGUGCUACUAUGUGGAUUGGACUUUUUGACAACAUCAAGGUUGAAUGCCAGACAGGUGGAGCGGCCACCUUGAAAAAGCCAUUGGACGCCUCACCUCGUCGCCAGAUCAACUCGUCUAGUUCUGCUGAACUGUUUGUGCACGCCCCUUGUCGGAUCUCCACGCCUGAUUUCUAG